AUUAAGAAUAUUUUGGAAAUCUAAGUGUACCUAUUAACAAAUUUAAAGCGCAAGGAAUCAAUAUAGCAUUUAAUUUAAUUUAAAUACUACUAAGGCAUUUAACAGUAACACCUAUCAUGUUUUUCUUUUCAGUAAAAAUGGCAGAAUCAAAAGCCAAAGAAGUCACACAAGUGGAGUAUGACUUCAAAUGUGCUUCAUGCAAUUUGAAUGAAAAGGCACAUUAUAAAGGCACAACUCCACCGUUUUCUCGCAAUGUGAUUCUGAAGUAUUCAAGUUAUGUGAUGAAGGACCCUUUUAGUCCCCCUGGAAAAGGCGAAAUAAUAGUUUUAGGUGCAGACUGUGCAAUAUGUAAAAAAACUGUUUGUAUUAGUAAAGAGUGUAGUUUAUUUUAUUCUAAACUAUUUUGUUUAAGCUGCGUUUAUGAUUCUAUUGAUAAAUUCCCUGUGGAAAUUAAAUCUAAAGUGAUGCAAGUAAAAAAUGCAAUAUAAUUUUUUCAAAUGAAAUUGCUUAUU